ACCAGCUUAUAAGCGAUUUAUAAGCCAAACGGGCUCUUCCUUUCAUCUGCUUUAUUUUUGCGUCUAAUAUAAGUCUCACUGUCUUCGAAGCUCCACACAACACACACGUCCUUCACUCAUUCAUCUUCCCAAAUCUUCAGAUUGAAAGAAAUGGUGAUGUUCAAUGUUACUCGCGUAGAAACGACUCCGUUUGAAGGCCAGAAGCCUGGUACUUCCGGACUCCGUAAGAAGGUGAAGGUGUUCGUACAACCUCAUUACUUGCAAAAUUUUGUUCAGGCAACUUUUAAUGCCCUUGGAGCUGAAAGAGUUAAAGGUGCUACGCUUGUGGUUUCUGGUGAUGGCCGAUACUAUUCGAAGGAUGCCAUCCAAAUCAUUGCAAAAAUGGCAGCAGCAAACGGAGUAAGACGUGUUUGGAUUGGUCAAAAUGGACUUUUGUCCACUCCUGCUGUAUCAGCUGUUGUGCGUGAGAGAGUUGGGGCUGAUGGUUCCAAAGCUACCGGGGCAUUUAUAUUGACAGCAAGUCACAACCCAGGUGGCCCGCAUGAGGAUUUUGGAAUUAAGUACAACAUGGAAAAUGGUGGACCUGCUCCCGAAGGUAUAACAAACAAGAUCUAUGAGAACACCACGACAAUAAAGGAGUACUUGAUUGCUGAGGACCUGCCUGAUGUGGACAUAUCUACAACAGGUGUCUCGAGCUUUGAUGGUCCAGAGGGGAAAUUUGACGUAGAUGUUUUUGAUUCAACUAGUGAUUAUCUGAAAUUGAUGAAGUCAAUCUUUGACUUCUCAUCUAUCCAGAAGUUGCUUUCCUCUCCAAAAUUUAGUUUCUGCUAUGAUGCACUUCACGGUGUUGCUGGUGUACAUGCAAAGCGUAUAUUUGUGGAGGAGCUUGGUGCAAAUGAAAGCUUUCUAGUAAAUUGUGUUCCUAAGGAGGACUUUGGUGGAGGGCAUCCCGAUCCCAAUCUGACAUAUGCAAAGGAGUUAGUUGCACGUAUGGGAUUGUCUAAAACGCAUUCUGAACCCAAUCCACCAGAAUUUGGGGCAGCUGCUGAUGGAGAUGGGGACCGUAACAUGGUCCUAGGGAAAAGAUUCUUUGUGACUCCUUCUGAUUCUGUCGCUAUAAUUGCUGCCAACGCUGUACAAGCUAUUCCUUAUUUUUCUGGAGGUUUGAAAGGUGUUGCCAGGAGUAUGCCCACAUCUGCUGCUCUUGAUGUAGUUGCUAAACAUCUGAACUUGAAAUUUUUUGAGGUACCCACUGGUUGGAAAUUUUUUGGCAACUUGAUGGAUGCUGGAAUGUGUUCAAUUUGUGGAGAAGAAAGUUUUGGAACUGGCUCAGACCAUAUUCGAGAGAAAGAUGGAAUAUGGGCUGUUUUGGCUUGGUUAUCUAUCCUUGCCUAUAAGAAUAAGGACAACCUCGGGGGAGGUAACCUUGUGUCUGUUGAAGAUAUUGUUCGCCAACACUGGGCAACCUAUGGACGCCACUAUUACACUCGAUAUGACUACGAGAACGUUGAUGCUGGUGGUGCUAAGGAGCUUAUGGCUCAUUUGGUGAAGCUGCAAUCUUCCAUCGAAGAAGUUAACAAGAUUCUAAAGGGAAUCCGUUCAGAUGUUUCGAAUGUCGUGCAUGCUGAUGAAUUUGAGUACAAGGACCCAGUUGAUGGUUCGGUCUCAAAGCAUCAGGGUAUAAGAUAUCUAUUUCAAGAUGGAUCACGAUUGGUGUUCCGUCUCUCUGGAACUGGUUCGGAGGGUGCUACUAUCCGUCUCUAUAUUGAGCAGUACGAGAAGGAUUCAUCCAAGAUUGGAAGAGAUUCUCAGAAAGCACUUGCUCCCCUGGUGGAGGUUGCUCUUAAGCUAUCGAAAAUGCAGGAAUACACUGGCCGUUCUGCCCCAACUGUUAUUACAUAAACUUUUUGUGUAUGGUUACUUGCUUUUGUACCUUAAGAACUAAAUAAUUGAAUAAUCAUACUGGCCUUACUGGAUAGACACCAGUAAGGACAACUUCUCUUUCUUCCCAAACCUCAUCUCAGUACUAGGAUGGUAACUAUUGUGUUAAGCAAACUCCACCAAAGUCGAUCAGUCUGAGGGUGAAAAGUUGUACUAAGCUCCACUCUAGUGCCAACUCCUUCUGCAUAGACCGCCAGAAAUGAGAUGUAAACUGAGUACCUUGAUCCGAAAUGUUAGAAAUGGGUUGUCACGAUCCAAAACCCACCCUAGGCGCAACAGACAUUCGAUGCUAUGAACAACACUGGAAGCACAUUAUAAAAUUAGUAAACAUCUAUUUUCUUUCA